AAAAUAUGUUAAUCUUUACUGCUUAACAGUAGGUUAUUAAUACGUUUGUGAUUCCAUUCAUGGUGUCUACGAAGACAUGGUUCUCUUGGAAUAUUCCCGUUCGUAGUUAUACAUUGAACCCAUAUCAGGGCAAUCUUAGCUUACAUAUGCCAUCUUUUGACUUUAAUCAAUAAUACAAUGAUUUGUCACAUUUACAUCUGCUAAGAAUCUAUCAAGUACUUAGUGUAAUUUGCCUCUAUUACUAUACCUGCCAUGGACACCCAAGUUUGUAUCAUAUCCCUUACCUGACAUUUAGAAGGGAUGUGAAAUACUUGCCUUUCAAUAUGUCAAUUAGUUAUUGGGUGAAAUCAAUUUUAAAUUAAUAGUAAAAUUCAAACUAAACAUAUACCAUAACAGCCUCUUCCACAAAUAAGAAUAAGGUCAUUCCUGGAAACAUUUGAAUCAGUAUGGUCUACAUAUGUUAAAAAACAAACAAAAAAAGAUUUCUUUGAGGAAUUUAUUUUAAUUUGCUUGUACCCUAUCAUACUUCUAAUUGCAAUGGCUUCACAACAGACUACAUAUUUAACAAACAGUAAUAUCAAAUCAUUUUCAGAUUACAAUUCAAAGAGAUUUGCCCAACAGAACAGAAUAGACAAAGCCCACUCAAGAUUCUCAUAGUGCAUGAGGUAGACAGAUAUUGAGAUAGACAGCCCACUCCAGGUUGUGUCAACUGUUCCUUUCCACGAUCGCAAAGAUCAGGGCGUAACCAAUUCAGGAAAUUUGUCAAAAUCUUUCCUGUAUGAAACAGGACGUUUAAAAGACAGCAGUCUGCCCGUGGUCUGAAUCACUCUAGCUCCUGACAACAAUGAGGGGAUACUCCCAUGCCAGCAAGCGUGUGAAAGUGGUGGGGCUUCUAAUAGUCACCAUCAUCGCCAUCACAAUCAUCCUGUCUGUGGCCAUCCUCAAUACCACAUCAAACGAGCCCUGGGACAAAUACCGGCUGCCUGACACUCUCAAGCCAUCCAAAUACAAUGUGACUCUGUGGCCUCGUCUGGAGAAGGAUGAUCACGGCAUAUACAUCUUCACAGGCCACUCUACUGUGGACUUUGAGUGUGUGAAGGAGACAGACCUGAUCCUCAUUCACUCCUACCAGCUCAACCUCACCAAGUUCAGCGGACAUCAUGCAACACUGACUGGACUGGAUGGUGCAGCUGCACCAACUAUUAAGACAACAUGGCUCCAGGAGACGACAGAGUACCUGGUCAUUCAGCUCAACGGCAAACUAGUCCCAGGAAAGUCCUACCAACUCCACACCAGAUUCCAGGGAGAGCUGGCUGAAUACAUGAUUGGGUUUUACAGAAGCCACUACACUGAGGUUGCAGAGACAAAAGUUCUUGCCACAACCCAAAUGCAACCCACAGAUGCUAGGAAGGCUUUCCCCUGCUUUGACGAGCCAGCCCUGAAGGCUGUCUUUCACAUGACUCUCGCCCACAAUCACAAUACUGUAGCCCUUGCCAAUGGCAUGGAGACUGAGACUGUCAACACCACAAUGGAAGGGGUCGAGGUGUCCAUAACCACUUUUGAACCAACACCAAUAAUGUCCACCUACCUGGUGGCUUUAGUUGUUUGUGACUACGACUACAUCAGGUCACCAGAAGGGGCAAAAGUCCUGGUCCGUGUGUGGGCACGCCGGCAGGCCAUCGCGGAAGGUCAAGGGGACUAUGCUUUGGAGAAGGCAGGGUCCAUUCUGGAGUUCUUUGAGAGAUACUUGAAUGUCACAUAUCCCCUCAAGAAAUUAGAUCAUAUAGCUGUGCCUGACCUGGGACCUUUGGCAAUGGAGAAUUGGGGGAUGAUAACCUACACAGAAAAGGACCUUCUUUGUCACCAGAAUCAAACAGAAGAAGAAAGACAUAGUGUGGCCAAGCUCAUAGCCCAUGAGGUGGCUCACAUGUGGUUUGGAAACCUGGUGACGAUGAAAUGGUGGAAUGACCUGUGGCUGAACGAGGGAUUUGCCACCUACUUCUCCUGUCUGGGCCUUGCAGCAUUUGAGCCAGAUGGGAAACUGACAAACCAAAGGGUCUGGAAUAACAUCUGGGGGGCAUUUAUCGUGGAUGAGGUGCCCGACUCCCACCCUCUUUCCUUCACUGAGGAAAGCAUGAACACUCCAGAUGAGAUCAACGAGGCUUUUGACGCCAUCACCUACAGUAAGGGUGCGUCUGUGCUGAGGAUGCUUUCAGAGUUCCUGACAGAGCCGGUCUUUUCCAAGGGUGUGAGUAACUACUUGAAUGAGUUUGCUUACCAAAACACAGUGUCCACAGACCUUUGGAAACAUCUUCAAGCUGAGGUGGACAGGACUCCCACACUACAACUCCCAGACACCAUUGAGGAGAUCAUGAACCGCUGGAUCCUCCAGAUGGGCUUCCCCGUCGUCACCAUAGAUACCACAACAGGAACCAUCAGGCAAAAGCACUUCCUGACAGGCAUUGACUCAGUGGUGGACAGGCCUUCCAUUUACAAUUAUGAGUGGUUUGUUCCUGUAACAUGGACCAAACAUGGUGUACCACAAGACCGUAAAUGGCUGCUCUCCAAGUCAGAUGUGCACGAGCCAAUGAAGACGACCGAAUGGAUCCUAGCAAACCUCGACAUAGUUGGAUUCUACAGAGUCAAUUAUGACCAGGGCAACUGGGAACGCCUUUCGGCACAGCUAAUCAGAGACCACAAGGCGAUUCCACCCCUCAACAGAGCUCAGAUUGUGGAUGAUGUAUUUAGCUUUGCCAAGGAAAAUAUUAUCGACACGGUCCUGGCUCUGAAAACAACUCAGUACCUGUCAAAAGAAAGAGAAUACACGCCGUGGGAGCUGGCUCACAACCAUCUGCGACACUAUUUCCAAAUGUUUCGCCAAACAGAAGUGUAUGGGGCCAUGCAGAGAUACCUCAGGAAGCAAGUUGAGCCCCUGUUUUUGCACUUCAAGAAUAUUACUGAGAACUGGACCAAAAUUCGAGAUGGACACUAUGACCAAUUCCACGUGACAGCCUUCACCUUUGCCUGUGAAACAGGAGUGGACAGCUGUAUGGAUCUCUCCCGGGACUGGUUCAAUUCGUGGAUGAACGAUCCACAAGACAACGUGAUCCUUCCCAACCUGAGGCAUACAGUAUACUGUUGCGCUGUAGCUACUGGAGGGGUACAGGAGUGGGACUUUGUCUGGCAGAUGUUUAAGAAUGCCACUGACGAUGCCCGCCACUUACAUUAUGCUCUCUCCUGCACUAAAGACCCCCAGCUGCUCAAGAGGAGUCUGCAGUACCUUCUGGAUCCUACCAUGGGACAUAACAUUUCCUUUGAACGUCGCAUCAUGGAAACUGCUGACCUUGACAAUCUCCAGCCCCUGGUGUGGAACUACAUCAGAGACAACUGGUCCGUUUUGAAUGAUGAUCAUGACAGUGAAUUCCUCCCCGACCUGAUCACCGUGGUGACUGAAAGACUCUCCACUGAGUUUGACCUCAAACAGCUCCUCAACUUCAAAGCAGCACACGCCACGACAGGCUCAGUGGCCAAAGCCCUGGAUCAGGCCAUUGAGAGGACAAAAACCAAUGUGAAGUGGACUGAGGAGAACCAAGAGAGGCUGCUCCAGUGGUUGAUCUCAGCAGCAAGACAACAGUGAACAAAAAGCCAAAAGUACAUAAAAGCAUUGGAGUAUAUUAUGGUGUUUUAUUUCCAGACCAAGUUCAGAGCAUAAUAGUAUUGCCUGAAUUAACCAGCCAAUGCCGUACAUAAAUUAAUGUUAAAUGCAGAUAUUGCAACAUAGCGUGACACUAGCACUAGGUCAAGAUCAAUACGAUAUUUGUAUUUGUUGAAGUUUACAGUCAAUGAAUGUACAGUAUGUAAACAUGAGGCUGAUGCCUGCCUGCCAUCUUCCUGUUUGCAGUUUCACACAUACAAUACUAGUUCACAAAUAAGUUUGAGACAUGUUUUCUUGGUGGCUAUAUUUCUAAUCAAUAAAACACAGUUCAUACUGUAAGUAGAUUUGGAUCUGUUAUU